UGUGGAGCUCCGGGGCUGCCUUCCCCUCGUGCCCCCCGUGCCUCCUCCCUGGCUCUGCCGCGGGGUCUUUAUCUCGGCAGCUGAACCAGCAUCAAGGCAGAGGGAGGCAGGUGGAGGGGCCUUGAGAUAAGCAGGCAGACAAAACACGGAGGGAAGGAGGGAGGGAGGGGGCCCCUGCCCGGCCCUUUUAAACAGCGCAGCCCCCCCGGGGCCCGGCACUGCCGCGGUGGUGCCCAUGGAGCAAACCACGGUGCUGAUCACCGGCUGCUCCUCGGGCAUCGGGCUGGGGCUGGCCGCCCGCCUGGCAGCCGAUUCUGCUCGCAGGUUCAAAGGUAAAGGGGACGAUGCUGUGCCACAGGGGUCCCGGCACCAUGGGGGUCCCAGCACCAUGGGGAUCCCGGCACCAAGGGGGUCCCGGCACCGAGGGGUUCUCCCCCCGCCGGUCCCUGGGGCGGCAGCAGCUGCCCCCCGGCCCCAUUUUCUCCCCCAGUAUUUCGCCACCAUGCGCGACCUGGCCAAGAGCGAGCGGCUGCAGGAGAGGUUUGGGGGCGGCUGCCCCGAAACGCUGGAGCUGCUGCAGUUGGACGUCACCGACCCGUGCUCGCUGGCCACCGCGGCGCAGCGGGUGCAGGGGCAGCGGCUGGAUGUGCUGGUGUGCAACGCGGGGGUGGGCCUGAUGGGCCCCCUGGAGACGUGCUCCGAGCAGGCCAUGAGGACGGUGUUCGAGGUGAAUCUCUUCGGGGCCAUCCGCACCAUCCAGGCCUUCCUGCCCGCCAUGAAGCGCCGCAGGGCCGGCAGGAUCGUGGUCACCGGCAGCGUCGGGGGGCUGCAAGGGGUGCCCUUCAAUUCCGUGUACUGCGCCAGCAAAUUCGCCGUGGAGGGGCUGUGCGAGAGCCUGGCCAUCGUCCUGCGGCCCUUCAACAUCCACGUGACGCUGGUGGAGUGCGGGCCGGUCAACACGGGCUUCCUGCAGAACCUGCAGCGAGCAGACCCCGAGGGCAGCGAGCUGCAGGGGCUGGACCACGAAACACGGAGCCUCUACCGCCGGUACCUGCGGCACUGCCACGGCCUCUUCCGAGACGCAGCCCAGGAGGUGGAGGAGGUGCUGCAGGUGUUCCUGGAGGCCAUCAGCACCCCCUGCCCACCCCUGCGCUGUGCCACCACCCAGCUCUUCGCCUCCCUGGCGCGCCUGAAGCUGGCCAGCCCUGACGGCUCCGACUACGUGCGGGCCAUGCACGACUUCGUCUUCGGCCCCGCUGAUGAUGGCGGGGACCAGCCCUGAGCACCGGCACCCGCAGAGCACCCGGCAGGGGAUGGGACCCUCGGUGCCAGCAAUAAACCCCUGCUGCUGCCCCACGG